AUGGGAGAUUCCGAUUCCGAUUCCGAUAUUCAUUUCAUUACACAAAAUCGUUUUACGAGCUCGUACCAGGCAGAAUUUAACUCAGAUUUUGAAAGACUUAUUAAUACUGAUAUUGAAACAUUUGACGUGGCUGUACCAGAUUUUGAUGUUGGUAAAAAUGAUAUCUUGGAAUCAGAUGAGUUCUCUGGAAAUGAUACAGAUUUGGUGGAACACUCUCAAGUAGAAGCAAGUAUUCCCCAGGCCAUACCAAUUCCCAUUACUACUCAUACCAUUGAUGACGCAGACAGUAUUUCCGGAAAUAACGCAGGUCCUAUUCCUAACCGUUUUAGCAAUCCUGUGUCAGAGAAGGAUCUUCAAAGUCUUUGUAAUUCGGCUUUUUCUCAGAACACAGAAAACAAGAGUAGGUGGGCCCUCAACGUCUUCCAAGCGUGGGUCAAGGAAAGACAAUCACGUAGGUUACGUGAUGACGUCUUGUUAAACCCCGACAUUAUUGCCCUUUCGCAUCGUGAAACAGAUCUUAAUAAAACUCUCAUGCGUUUCUUGGUAGAAGUACGAAACCAAAAAGGUGAAGAAUAUCGGGUAAAUACGUUAUAUGAACUGAUUGCGUCAUUGCAAUACUAUCUCCGAAGACAUGAUGUCGAGAUUAACGUUUACGAGUCUCCUUAUUUCAAGGGAAUGAGAAACGUCUUGGAUGCUCGCAUGAAGUCAUUAGCUAAGCAGGGUAUUGGCAUUGAGAAAAGACAGGCAAAUGUUGUUUCAGAUGAUCAAGAGGAUAUACUGUGGGAGAAGGGUAUGCUCGGCGAGGAUACGCCUCAAAAGUUGCUAGACACUUUGGUCUAUCUCAUUGGCUUAAACUGUGCACUUCGAGCUGGAGACGAACACAGGAAUCUACGUGUGGGCCCCAAUUCUCAAUUUCAAAUAACAGAAGAUUCAAGUGGCGUCACCUAUUUGAAAUAUACUGAGGACAUUUCUAAGACAAACAAAGGCGGCUUAAAAAGUCGGAAAUGUUCAAGGAAGACCAUUCGAGUGUCAGAGAACGUUGAACUACCACAGCGAUGUCCAGUUCGACUAUACCGCAAAUACAUGUCUCUGAGACCCAAAAAUGGUAAAUGCAACGCAUUUUACCUGCGACCACUGCACUACGUCAAGGAGGGUGUCUGGUAUGCCGAUAUUCCCGUCGGGAAGCACCCGUUACGUGCAACAGUUUCCAAACUCUUCAAGCAAGCUGGUAUUGAAGGAUAUUUCACUAAUCAUUCUCUUCGAGCAACGGCAGCUACUAGACUGUACGAUUGCGGCCUGGACGAGCAAUUGAUAGCCGAACGCACUGGACACAGAUCUCUGGCUAUCCGUAGCUACAAGAGAACAUCUGCACAGAUGGAGGACCGAGUAGACGGAGUUAUUCAGAGAAAAUCGAGAGCCUCUGCAACUGUUACAUCUGCCGCCUCUGGUCCCGCUAUCGCACCUUCGAAAACGUUGGUAUCUACCGCCUCUGCUGAGGCUAAAUCGGCUGAGACAAUGUUGACACCUACAGCGGUUCUGGAUGAAACGUCAACAGUCGCAGUAACAGAAACAACUACAGCCGAGAGUGCAGCAAAAAAAUCCAUGAAACUCGUAUUACCAGAUGGGGCAACUUUGUCGUUGUCUUUCUGA